GAAGCAACAGCCAAAGCUGCUAGAUCUAGAGACCCACGCCCCAUAAAACAGGUGUGUUCAAAAGAGGCGUGGCUCAUUAAAAAAUGGCAGCUCAAGUUCUGAGAAAUGUUGGUCGUCUGGCCACCAACAAUUGCUAUUUCUUUCUGUGUGACAUGCAAGAGAAAUUUCAACCAAUUAUUAGGUAUUUCCCUGAAAUAACUACAGUGGCAAAGAAAAUGGUUGAAGCUGCUAACAUACUUGAAAUACCAGUAAUAGCGACAGAGCAAUAUCCGAAAGGGCUUGGUAAUACUGUUAAAGAUAUUGACAUUUCUAAAGCACAAGUUUUUGAAAAAACUAAGUUCUCCAUGGUUAUACCUGAAGUUGAAGAAAUUCUUAGAGCAGAAAGCAGCAGGAAAAGUGUUGUACUGUUUGGAAUUGAGACUCAAGUUUGUGUCCAGCAGACCUGUCUUGACCUGAUAGAGCGUGGGUUUGAUGUCCACGUUGUUGCUGACGGUUGUUCCUCUCGCUCUCAAGUUGAUCGGUUCUUUGCAUUUGAAAGAAUGCGUCAAUGUGGUGCAUUUGUCAGCACUAGCGAGUCUGUACUCUUUGAAUUGUUGGGAGACUCUAAGCAUCCAAAAUUCAAACAAGUCCAGCCUCUCGUUAAGACCUCAGCUCCUGAUUCUGGCCUCUUGACAAAACUCUAACAAUCUUGAGACUGAAUGAUUUAUAAAUAUUAUUAUUCAUAACUAUAGCUGUUAUUGUUCAGUAAGAUCUAAUUAAGAAAUUA